AUGGGUACCUGGUGUUUCAUAGUUCUUUCAGUGAUCAUUGGCGCGGUGGCAAGCGAUGGCACUGAUCCUGAAAAUCAAACUUUUGCUGUAGAAAAAGACAUGACCACACCCAAAUCGCAAAUACUAGAGAGAGUUGAUAGUUUAUCAGACGCUUUAAGCGAUAAAAUAAAAUCCUUUAACGAUCGGGUCAACAAAUUGUUGGCAAAGUUUGAGGAGAAGCUGGAGAGCUUUUCAACGUCAACUACGGAACGAGCCGUCAAUCUAGAGCACAAGCUAGAUCGACUUUCAGAAGACACUGGAGUAUACUUUAUGCGACCGGAUCCAUCCAAGAAUAUAUCGUUUGACGCAGCUCGUGACUGGACAAAUAACCACGGAUUUGGUAGCGACUGGAUCAUUUUCCAGCGACGGUUCAACGGUUCGGUCAAUUUCUAUCGUAACUGGUCCGAGUACAAGCAAGGAUUCGGUGAUCUACGCGGUGAACACUGGUUAGGGUUGGAAAAGCUGCACGCGAUCGUGAAAACCCGUCGUCACGAGCUGCUCAUCGUGUUGGAAGACUUCGACGGUGUGAUUGCGUAUUCCCAUUACGAUGACUUUAAGAUCGGAGAUGAAAGUGAGAAAUACAUCAUAAAAUCGGUCGGCAAAUACACCGGUACAGCGGGUGAUUCGUUCACCCAUCACAAGGGCGAAUUAUUUACAACAUACGAUCAGGACAAUGAUAACGCCGAUGAAAAUUGUGCCAAGUCGUUUGUUGGCGGAUGGUGGUUUUACAACUGUUAUCAUAGCCAUUUAAACGGAGAGUAUUUAAAUGCAAAUAACAUGCGUGUAGCUGGUAUCACUUGGAAUUCGUUUCGGGGAAAAACAAACUCCCUGAAGAGCACCAAAAUGAUGGUUCGACCUGCUGCGUAAUUGUAAUUGAAACAAUAAAUAUGGAAUUAAGACUAAAUGAUUGGGUGAAAAUUUACUAAUAUGACUUUAGAAAAUUCUUAGAUACUUGAAAUACUUGGAUAAUUAGAAAACUAAAAAUUAAAGAACAAUAAACGUAUUCUCC